AUGCCGUCGAAUCCCGCGGCGCAGCCCCCGGACGCUUCAGUCGGCUCUUCGACAGAGAGCAGGACUAACAGCAGACUCACCACGGGUCAGCAGUACUGCACUCAAGAAUGCCUCCGCGGUUUGCUCGAUGGCGGGGCCUUGGACAAGUCGUGUCCCAACGCGCACAAGCACGGGCACGACCGCCAUCAGAUCAGUGCAUCGGUGUUCUGCACACUCAUGCAACGACAGCUUGCCGAGGAUUUGGACGCGAAUUUCGCACUAAUUGGCCUGCCCGGAUCACGCGGCGUUCCGUUCAGGGUCAGGCUCGCGUCGCACGGGUACACGCUUGCUGCCAAGUGCACCCCCCCCGAUUUCGUCGCUCAUCUGACGCACGAAGCUGCCGUUUACGGCCGACUCCGCCCUAUCCAAGGCAUUCAUGUGCCUGUCCACUUGGGGAAUAUCAAUCUCGUCCAGCCCUACUAUUACGAAGGCAUUGCAGAACUCACACAUGUCAUGUUCUUGAGCUUCGGAGGGAACCCCAUCCACGAACACAUCAACGCUGCUAACCGUACACAACUUAUCGAGCAAGUCGAGAGCUGUUUUCAUGCGAUCCAUAUGCUCGACGUCCUGCACCGUGACGCCAAGUCUCGCAACAUUAUUCGGCAUGAGGGGAGCGGCAGGGUGAUGGUCAUUGACUUUGAGCGUGCCGAGUUGCGCACUCCUCGGCCGAUGUUGGGCGUGAUCUCGCCAAAUCGAAAGCGAAGAGAGCUACACGCCGGAUACAUCAAGCCCAUGCUCGCGGACCAGCUCCUGCCACCAGUCUACCGAGCCAGGGAUCCAAGCGGUGCCGGCGUGGCGCAAGCCCGGUCAUAG